AUGCCAUUCAGAGAAUGGGCAAUGGAUCUUAUUGGCAAACUCUAUCCAGUCAGUAGCAAACAACACUGUUCAAUCAUUGUAGCUACAGACUAUUUCACCAAAUGGGUGGAAGCCAAACCUGUUAAAUCCACCACAUCUCAACAGAUUGUGCAAAGGUUUGGCAUACCAGAAUCAAUCACCACUAAUAGGGGAAGCUCCUUCAUAUCCAGAAAAAUGUUAGACAUGGCAGAAGCAUUCAAGUUCAAACUACUUCAAUCCAUCCCUUACUAUGCCCAGGCUAAUGGACAGGCAGAAUCAAGCAACAAGGUGAUCAUCAACAUUAUUAGGAAAAUGCUUGAGAAAAAUCCAAAGAAAUGGCAUGAGAAGUUAUUAGAAACCUUGAGGGCCUAUAGAACUUUAAAAAGAGAAGCAACUGGCAUGACCCCAUAUGCUCUAUCCUACGGUCAUGAUGCAAUUCUGCCGAUGGAAAUAGCAGUCCAAUCUCUCAGAAUUGCUCAACAACACAAUCUGGUUGGAGAAGACUACCCUCAAGCAAUGCUGCUAGAACUAGAAGGUUUAGACACAAGCAAAAUUGAUACCCUCAACCAACUCUUAGCAGGGAAACAGGCUGUAGCAAGGGCCUAUAACAAAAGAGUUAAAAACAAGAGUUUUGAAGAAGGAGAAAUAGUCUGGAAAGCAGUUCUACCCCUUAGGACACAUGUUACUGGUUAUGGAAAGUGGCACCUACAUGGGAAAGACCUUUCAUAA